AUGGUCCACUGCUUAAACCGCCAUUUGUCGCAAAGGCCUGUUCUUUAUCUGAUAUUAAUAUUUGUUUCGGGUUCAGUUUGUGUAAAAAUUCGCUACUCAAUUCCGGAAGAAUUGGAUGCUGGUACCGUUGUUGGGAAUAUUGCCACGGAUCUGAGAUUAGAUGCGAAGCAGAUGUUGGGGCGCAGAUUUCGAGUUGUAUCUGAAGGCAAAAAGCAAUAUCUCGACGUGAAUUUAAACACUGGAGCUCUCAUUAUAGAAGAAAAAAUGGACAAAGAGCAGCUUUGCGAGGACGGCCUCUCAUGCGUGCUGGUGUUUGAAGCUGUGAUUGAGAACCCGUUAAAGCUAUAUCAUUUAGAAAUAGAGAUUCUCGACAUAAAUGACAACGCGCCCGCUUUUAAGGCAAGCGAGUUAAACAUUGAAAUCCCAGAAUUGCAACCAGCAGGAACGAGCUUCCCGCUCCAGAGCGCUAUUGACCCGGACGCUGGAACCAACAGUGUUCGUUUCUAUCAACUGAGUUCAAGCGAAUAUUUCACUUUGAAAACACAUUCCGAGAACGAAAAGACUGAAAUCCCAGAACUCGUGCUGGAACGACCCCUAGACCGAGAACAACAAGCCGUGCAUCAGUUAACACUGACGGCGUUUGAUGGAGGAAGCCCAGAGAAAUCUGGAACCACCCAGAUUAAAAUUAAUGUGCUCGACGUGAACGACAAUGCCCCUUCUUGCGAACAGAACAUUUAUCAAACCACUACUGCCGAAAACAUACCCAAAAACACUUUGAUUGUGAAGGUAACUGCAAUUGAUUUGGACGAGGGUCUAAACGGUGAGAUAAUCUAUGCUUUUAGCGAGCAGACGCCUGAUAAAGUACGUGAAGUAUUUAGCUUAGAUUCAACAACCGGAGAAAUCAGAGUAACUGGAAUUUUGGAUUUUGAAGAAGCAGAAAAUUAUCAGAUUUCGGUACAAGCUAAGGACCGAGGUGCACGUUCAUUGUCAGUAUACUGCAAAGUUUUGAUAAAGGUUACUGAUGUUAAUGAUAACUGCCCUGAAAUAGUAAUCACGACUACAUCCAGCUCUAUUCCAGAGGAUGCUGCAGUGGACACAGCAGCAGCUCUUUUCCGAGUUACAGAUCGGGAUUCUGAUAAAAAGGCAAAUAUCUAUUGCCGAAUCACCAGAGACAUCCCAUUUAGGCUUAAUAGCUCUUUUAAUAACUAUUACACGUUAGUUACAAGUGGCCACUUAGACCGUGAAAAAGUGCCAGAGUACAACAUUACCUUUGUAUGUACGGAUACUGGCUCCCCUCCGCUCUCGGCAAACAAAACCAUUCGAAUUCAAGUCUCAGAUAUAAAUGACAAUCCGCCGCUUUUUACACAGCCUUCCUUCACCAUGUAUGUAUCAGAAAAUAAUGUUAUCGGUGCUUCAAUUGGUUCUGUGUCAGCCUUUGAUCCGGAUUUCAAACAAAAUGCCGAAUUGUCGUAUUCUAUUUUGGAUAGCCUCAUACACGGCUUCCCUGCAUCCACUUUGAUUUCAAUAAACGCAGCCAGUGGCGUGAUGCUUGCACAACGCUCGUUUGAUUUUGAGCAACUAAAAAAAAUUCAGGCCCAUGUGCAAGUGAAGGAUUUUGGAUCCCCUCCUCUGAGCAGUAACGUAACAGUGAAUGUAAUCAUCGUGGACCAGAAUGACAACGCCCCUGUUAUCGUGUCACCUCUGCCAGUCAAAGGGUCUUCAGCAGAGGACACAAUGCCAAGAUCUGCAGAGCCAGGUUACUUGGUUGCAAAAGUGACAUCCACUGAUGCCGAUACUGGAUUGAACGCUCAAAUGUUUUACCAACUGCGUCAGCCGACUGAUGAAAGUUUGUUUACUGUGGCUUCAGAAACUGGAGAAAUUUGGACGAUUCGUCGCUUUGGGCAUAAAGAUUCACUCAGGCAAAAAAUCAUAAUUUUGGUGAAAGAUAAUGGAACCCCGUCCCUUUCAUCAACUGUCACCAUCAAUGUAUCAGUACAGGAUGAUAUCACAGAAAAUACAUCUAAUAUCGGUACCUUGGGUAACGCUGGGCCAUGGAAAUACGAUUUAAAAUUCUAUUUAAUGUUGGUUUUUGGCUCAAUCUCGAUCCUGCUGCUUGUGGCGAUUGUAAUCCUCGCUAUUAAUGUGCUCAGAGGUAGAAAUGGAAGUAGCAGCUACUCUUGCUGCUGGCAGCCGCCUUACCUUUCGAGGAAAUCUUCUCAUCAUGGAAUCCAAAAGGCUAGUGCAAGUCUUCAAAUUCCAUCCAAUUACACAGAGGUGUAUGAAAGCGGGACAGGCCAGCAAACAUUUGACUAUGGCGCACGUCAAGGUUGUGCCUUGACCGAUUUCACCUUCCUACAGUUACAAGGUUUGGCCGGCCCCAAGUUUGAUAUCAAGAACGGCGCAUGUCACCCCUCAGAAUAUAGAAAGGCAUCAAACUCUACGAACAAGGAUACAGCUAAAUUUCAGGAGGUGCUAACCUCAUAUUCGCAGUUCAUCGGAGAUUCUGGUAGUUAUAUCCGCAGUACUUUCACAAGAAUGGUCCACUGGUUAAACCGCUAUUUGUUGCAAUGGCUUGUUCUUUAUCUGAUACUAAUAUUUGUUUCGGGUUCAGUUUGUGCAAAGAUUCGCUACUCAAUUCCGGAAGAAUUGGAGGUUGGUGCCAUUGUUGGGAAUAUUGCCACGGAUCUGGUGUUAGAUGUGAAGCAGCUGUUGGGGCGCAGAUUUCGAGUUGUAUCCGGAGACAAAAAGCAAUAUCUAGGCGUGAAUUUGAACACUGGAGCUCUCAUUAUUAAAGAAAAAAUGGACAGAGAGCAGCUUUGCGAGAACGGCCUCUCAUGCGUGCUGGUGUUAGAGGCUGUGAUUGAAAACCCGUUAAAGCUAUAUCGUGUAGAAAUAGAGAUUCUCGACAUAAAUGACAACGCGCCCGUGUUCAGGACAAGCGAGUUAAACAUUGAAAUCCCAGAAUCGCAACCAGCAGGAACUAGCUUCCCGCUCCAGAGCGCUAUUGACCCGGACGCUGGAACUAACCGUGUUCGCUCCUACCAACUGAGUUCAAGUGAUUAUUUCACUUUAAAAAUACAAUCCGAGAGCGAACAGUCUGAUGCCCCAGAACUCGUACUGGAACGACCCCUAGACCGAGAGAAACAAGCAACUCAUCAGCUAACACUGACAGCGCUUGAUGGAGGAUCCCCAGUGAAAUCUGGAACCACCCAGAUUAAAAUUAAUGUGCUCGACGCGAAUGACAAUGCCCCUUCUUGCGAACAGAACAUCUAUCAAACCACUGCUGCCGAAAAUAUAGCCAAGAAUACUAUCAUUGUGAAAGUAUCUGCGAUUGAUUUGGACGAGGGUCUAAACGGUGAGAUAAUCUAUGCUUUUAGUGAUCAGACGCCUGAUAAAGUACGUGAGGUAUUUAGCUUGGAUUCAACUACCGGAGAAAUCAGAGUAACUGGAAACUUGGACUUUGAAGAAGCAGACAAUUAUCAGAUUUCGGUACGAGCUAAGGACCGAGGUGCACGUUCAUUGUCAGUAUACUGCAAAGUUUUGAUAAAGGUUACUGAUGUUAAUGAUAACUGCCCUGAAAUAGUGAUCACGACUACAUCCAGCUCUAUUCCAGAGGAUGCUGCCGAGGAUACAGCAGUAGCUCUUUUCCGAGUUACAGAUCGAGAUUCUGAUAAAAAGGCAAAUAUUUAUUGCCGAAUCACUAGAGACUUCCCAUUUAGGCUUAAUAGCUCUUUUAAUAACUAUUACACGUUAGUUACAAGUGGCCACUUAGACCGUGAAAAAGUGCCAGAGUACAACAUUACCUUUGUAUGUACGGAUACUGGCUCCCCUCCACUCUCGGCCAACAAAACCAUUCGAAUUCAAGUCUCAGAUAUAAAUGACAAUCCGCCGCGUUUUACGCAGCCUUCCUUCACCAUGUAUUUAUCAGAAAAUAAUGUUAUCGGUGCUUCAAUUGGUUCUGUGUCAGCCUUUGAUCCGGAUUUCAAACAAAAUGCCGAAUUGUCGUAUUCUAUUUUGGAUAGCCUCAUACACGGCUUCCCUGCAUCCACUUUGGUUUCAAUAAACGCAGCCAGUGGCGUGAUGUUUGCACAACGCUCGUUUGAUUUUGAGCAACUAAAAAAAAUUCAGGCCCAUGUGCAAGUAAAAGAUUUUGGAUCCCCUCCUCUGAGCAGUAACGUAACAGUGAAUGUAAUCAUCGUGGACCAGAAUGACAACGCCCCUGUUAUUGUGUCACCUCUGCCAGUCAAAGGGUCUUCAGCAGAGGACACAAUGCCAAGAUCUGCAGAGCCAGGUUACUUGGUUGCAAAAGUGACAGCCACUGAUGCCGAUUCUGGUCUGAACGCUCAAAUUUUUUACCAACUGCGUCAGCCGACUGAUGAAAGUUUGUUUACUGUGGCUUCAGAAACUGGAGAAAUUUGGACGAUUCGUCGCUUUGGGCAUAAAGAUUCACUCAGGCAGAAAAUCGUAAUUUUGGUGAAAGAUACUGGAACCCCGUCCCUUUCAUCAACAGUCACCAUCAAUGUAUCAGUACAGGAUGAUGAUAUCACAGAAAAUGCAUCUAAUAUCGGCACAUUGGAUAACGCUGGGCCAUGGAAAUACGAUUUAAAAUUCUAUUUAAUGUUGGUUUUUGGCUCAACCUCGAUCCUGCUGCUUGUGGCGAUUGUAAUCCUCGCUAAUAAGGUGCGCAGAGGUAGAAAUGGAAUUAACAGCUACUCUUGCUGUUGGCACCCGCCGUACUUUUCGAGGAAAAAUUCUCUCCAUGGAAUCCAAAAGGCUAGUGCGAGCCUUCAAAUUCCACCCAAUUACACAGAGGUGUAUGAAAGCGGGACAGGCCAGCAAACAUUUGACUAUGGCGCACGUCAAGGUUGUGCCUUGAACGAUUUUACCUUCCUACAGUUACAAGGUGUGGCCGCGCCCAAGAUUGAUAUCAAGAACGGCAGAUGUCACCCCUCAGAAUAUAGAAAGGCAUCAAACUCCCUGAACAAGGAUACAGCUAAAUUUCAGGAGAGAAUGAACUCCUUGCUAUAUAGCAGAGGGCUGCAAUGGCCUGUUUAUUACGUGAUACUCGUAUGCGUUUCAUAUUCCGUUUGUGAGAAUAUUCACUACACAAUCCCUGAAGAGCUGGAGCUUGGUGACUUCGUUGGUAAUAUCGCUUCGGACCUGGGAUUGGAUACUAAACAGCUUGUGGCCCGGGGAUUUCGAAUUGCAUCUGAAAACAAAAUACAAUAUGUAGACGUGGAUUUAAAGACUGGAAUUUUGUUCAUAAAAGAAACAAUAGACAGAGAAGAGCUUUGUGAACAAAGCUUCGCAUGUGUAUUGAUGUUGGAGGCUGUGCUUGAAAACCCGCUUCAGCUAUAUCGUGUACAAAUUGAGAUUCUCGACGUAAAUGACAACGCGCCCGUGUUCCAGAGAAAAGAGGUUAACAUAGAAAUCUCAGAACUGAUGCCGGCUGGGACGACUUUCCCACUGCAGAGCGCGAUUGACCCGGACGUUGGGCCCAAUAAGGUUCGCUCCUACCAACUCAGCCCAAACGAGUAUUUCAUUUUGAAAUCACAGUCAGAUAGCGAAAUAACUGGCAUCCCAGAGCUGGUGCUGGAGCGGCCCCUCGACCGAGAGCAACAACCGACACAUAGGUUAACACUCACAGCAUUUGAUGGAGGGAUUCCACAGAAAUUCGGCACCACGCAGAUUAACAUUACUGUGCUUGAUGCGAACGACAAUGCCCCAGUUUGUGAACGAAACGUCUAUCACGUCACCACUGCCGAAAACGUGCGCAAAAAUACUUUGAUUGUGAAGGUAACUGCGGUGGAUAUGGACGAAGGCUUAAAUGGUGAGGUAAUCUAUUCUUUCAGCGAUCACACACCUGAUAGAGUUAGGGAAAUAUUUAGCUUAGAUUCGCUAAACGGAGAAAUUAGAGUAACCGGUAUCGUGGACUUUGAAGAAGCAGAUAAUUAUCAGAUUUUGAUACAAGCUAAGGACAGAGGUAAACACCAAGUACCUGCAUACUGUAAAGUUCUGAUAAAGGUUACUGAUGUCAAUGAUAAUUAUCCUCAAAUAAUAACAACAUCUACAUCGAACGGUGUCCAAGAAAACGCGCCUCCGAACACUGCAGUAGCUCUUUUCCGAGUUACAGACAGAGAUUCUGAAAACAGAGAGAAGGUUCAUUGCCGAAUCGCUAGAGAUAUACCUUUUAUGCUGAAUAUUUCUUUUAAUAACUACUAUACAUUAGUUACUCAUGGUGAGAUAGACCGUGAAAAUUUGCCAGAGUACAAUAUCACAAUUAUAUGUACAGAUACUGGUUCCCCUCCCCUGUCGACUACGAAAAUCAUCCGAGUUCAAGUCUCAGACAUCAACGACAAUCAGCCACGUUUCACGCAGCCUUCGUACACCAUGUAUGUCACCGAAAAUAAUGUAAUUGGUUCUUCUAUUGGCUCUGUAUCAGCCUUUGAUCCAGAUUCAAAUGAAAAUGCCGAAUUGUCGUAUUCCAUUGUGGACAGUCUGAUAAACGGUUUACCGGCAUCUUCACUUGUCUCAAUAAACGCAGCCGAUGGUGUGAUAUUUGCACAGCGCUCAUUUGAUUUUGAACAAGUGAGGACGUUGGAAGUCCAUGUCAAAGUAAAGGAUGCUGGAUCGCCACCGCUCAGCAGUAAUGUACUUGUGAAUGUGAUCAUCGUAGAUCAGAAUGACAAUGUUCCUGUGAUCGCGUCACCUUUGCCAAGGGAAGGUUCCAUAGUAGAGGAAACAAUACCAAGAUCCGCCGAUUCGGGUUACUUGGUUGCAAAACUGACAGCCACUGAUGCCGAUUCUGGACUGAACGGACAACUUUCCUACCAACUCCGUCAGCCCACUGAAGACAGCCUGUUUACCGUGGCUCCAGAAACUGGAGAAAUAUGGACUAUUCGCCGCUUUGGGCUGAAAGAUUCAUUCAGGCAAAGAAUAAUGAUUUUGGUGAGGGACAAUGGAACGCCGUCCCUUUCAGUUACAGUCACGAUCAAUGUAUCAGUGCAGGACGAUACUACAGAAAACGCAUCUAAUAUCGGCACGUUGGGGAACUCUGAACCAUGGCAAUCUGAUUUAAAACUUUAUUUGAUUAUUUGUUUUGGUAUAACCUCAUUCCUUUUACUUGUGGCUAUUGUAAUCCUUAGUCUUAAGGUGUAUAAAGGUAGAAACGAAGCUAUCAGUUACUGUUGCUGUUGGAAGGAUUCGCUCCUUGGAAUUCAAAGUGCAAGCGUAAACCUUCAAAUGCCACCCAAAUAUACAGAGGGGUAUGACCGCGAAACUCUCCCACAACCAUUUCGGUAUGACGUGUGUCAAGAUUCAACCACGAACGAUUUCAUGUUUCUACAGUUACAUGGAGUGACAGCGCCCAUGUUUGACAUCAAGAGUGGCUCAUGUGUCGCUGCUGAGCACGAAAAAGCAUCAAAUGUUACAAACAGUAAAAACACUGAAUUUCACCAGAUAUACGGGAACCGACAGCGGGAUUUGGAGCAAUCCUCCAUUGAAAGAUGCCCUUCAGGACAAUAUGGGAUAGGGUUGUUCACUUCGGAUAAAAGCGAAGUGGGGCCUGACCCAAGAAGGAUCGUAGAAAUACAUUCUCGCGCCUUAUAGGAGCUAUGAAUGGAUUCAGAACGGCUCAAAGUAAUAUCUUUUUGUGAAUGCAGCGAGCAGGUUUAUAAAAGAUUCCAUUUGUUAUGCUUUGCCUAAGUUAUCUGAAUAAUAUUAUGCAACUUUCCAUCUUGUGGUGUAACACGACACAUCAAAUCUGUACAGUCCAAUUGCAUGUUUCCCAAAUGAGCCAUGGUGGUGUGUGUCAGAAUAACUUUAGCCUGCAUACAGACAUGAACCAGGGGAAUUUCUCGUUAUAAAGCUCUUCAGGUACAUAACCUUCUCCACAAUGUUCUGUGGUGUUGCGCAGAAAGGGUCUCAUCUGUCUAAUGCAACUGAUAUUCCUAGUAUUCUGAAAAGACAAGCCUUACAUGUGACGCACUUCCUGACCGAAUUAUUGCUAAUCCACAAUAACUACUUUUUUUAAAGUUCCAUAAUAGAAGAUUCUGCAUUGGUCAUAUUGGAAUAGAACCCCAACUUCCAGUCGAUUCUUCAUCGUCUACACGGAGGAAUAGUUCUUGUUGAAUGGAACAGAACUGAAUUAAGACGAUGGCUAAAUCGUGAACAAACGUGAUAAUAGGCUAAAUAUAUUUCACACCCAACUAGGGUAUGGAGACAGCUAUAGACGCCGUUUUGGAAGAAAUUUACAGAUGCAAGCGAAGGGCAACAGUGAACUAUCGGAAGAGGAUUUUAGUACUGUGUUAGAGACUUCAAAAGCUACCAUUGACUUGUUUGUGAAUUGAAGUUUGAUUUUUAAGCUCCCGUUUCAAGCUUUUAAUCGGUUGUUGUUAUGUCCGAUCACCUUUCUAUGUUACUUUGCUCGAUAUCAUCGUCUGUCAGGAGCCGCCCGCAGAGGGAAGUAGCAUUAUCGGUGUUUUGGAAAGUACAUGUCGGUGUUAGUGAAUCCAAUUUACCUAAUAAAUAAAAAGUUUAGUUCAGA